AUGGCGAGGCCGCGCGCCCGGGCCCCAGGUCGCCGCCCGAGGACGAGCCGGCCGAGGCGGUGGCUCCGCGUGGACGGUGCCCGCCCCCCGCACCGCACUGCUCUCGGGCCGCGCCUCCCGGGCCCAGGCGGCGCCUUCUCGGGCGCCCGCGUCCGCCCAAGUGGCGAGCGCCGCCGGGACGCCGCGCCCUCCGCCGCGCAGCCCCGCCUCCUCCCCGUGAUUCCGCGCGGCCAGCUCGGCGCCUGCGGGCCGCGCCCCCAGCCCCGGGCCAGCCGGUGGGGGUGCCCUGGGGGUGCACUGAGCCGAGCGAGCCGAGACCACAGCCAGGCGGUCCUGCUCCUCGCAGAUGCAGCAAUCGCCAGGCAGAUGGUGGGGACGGCCGGCAGGUGCCUGGCCUGCCUGGACGCGCUGGAGGCGGCGGAGGACGCGCCCUCGCUGCGUGACCACUUGGGGGAGCUGGUGGCGGCGCUGCAGCACCUGGGCGGGCUGGUGGCGCGCGGACGGAAGGAGAGCUUGGGUCCCACGGGUCUUCUGUUGCGGGAAAGCAUCCCCGAGCUGCUCGCGACUGCCCGAGGCCACCUCCAGCAUCCGCGCAACUCACAGCUGGCCGCGACCCGAAGCCGCGUCUUCGCUACCACCAGGAAGACCCUGGAAGAGCUGCUGGAGCGGCUGGAGUCCGGCGUCGCGAUCCCUGAGGCUGGGACCCGUGUCGGCGCGCUCUCCUGGCGCCUGCAACAGCUGCGUGAGCUGCUGGCGACGUCCGAGCACCUGCGCGACGGCCAGCUGGACGCGCCGCUGGCCGCCGUGGUCGCGCACUGCAUGCACCUGGCCGCCUGCUCCGCGCCGCCAGAGAGGCUGCACCUGGUGGCCCGCUGCGGCCGGCUGCUGGAGGUGCGGGGCGCCAUCCGGCGCCUGGACGGGAGCGACGGACCCCCGCGGACAGGCCAGGAGAGGCUGGAGACCGCCGAGGAGCGCGCGGCGCUGCUGGCCGCCACCGACGCCCUCUCCCAGGGAGUGUGCGCUGCGCUCCUGCGCCAGAUCCUGGACACGUUCACAGACACCCAGAGCCCUCUUGAAAGGCUGGUCCGCGUCGCCUUGUCGACUUCUGCAGUCGGAUCGCUGGGCGCGGGCGGGGACUUGCGGAAAGGCCUCCAGCGUUUCCGUGCAGCUUUCCACGAGCGGGCCGAGCAGAUGCUCCGGGUGGCCCACUUGGUCUUGGUUUGCUGCUCCCGGCGACAAACUGGUAGAGACCUGGAGGCCGCCGUGGCAGACCUUGGCGGGCUGGUGGCCAGAGUGCACCAGCUGUUCUCAGGAGGCCCCGCAGCGUCUGGUGCGGACUGGAGCCCCGCUGCCCUAAGGGCCCUGCUUCAGGCCUGGGCUCGGGCGAACGAACGCCUCGUGGCCUGUUUUGAUGAUGUUCUCAACAUCCCUGAAUUCCUGAGCGUGUCCACUCAGGAAAUGAUCAAGCACUUGGACUUCCUUGCAUGGGCUUUGAGGAGUGGAGAUCCCGGAGGGUUUUCCAGGCCUGUGAUGUAUUUGCAGGGCCGAGCCGCACACAUAGUGCAGGUAGUGAAUAGGUAUGUGGGCCGCGAUUCCGAUCCCAUUUUCCGGAAUGGCCUGAGAGUUUUGAUCUGGCAGCUGCAGCAGUCUUCCUUGGCCCUGGGUGCAGCUACCCAGCACAGGUCAGGUGGGUGCAGCUCUCAGGAUAGAGAGGUGCUUUUAGCCAUGGCAACACAUCUCAUCUAUUCCGUUCAGCAAGUCCAAGAGGGAUUGGACGGGACCAACCAUCCACAUAUCCUCAGCCCUCUUCGAGACCAAGUCCAAAGAUUUGACAUAGCUAAGGGACAGCCUCAUACCCUUCUCCCAAGCCUCCAGGACAACUCACUUCCUGGGUGGAAACACCAAAAGGUCCCUGUGUUAGGGGAACGUGACCUGGCCAUGCCCUGUCCACCAACAGACUGUACUUCUCACCCCUGGAGUCCUAACACCUGUACACAGAGGAGAUCUGCUGCUCCCCUCACCACCAGCAAACUCACUCUUGCUGAAGAGAGCCAGGACCUCCAGGCAGUGGCCUCAACUUGCACCCAAGUGCUGGAGCAGGGUACAGACACAGAUGCAGCUCAAGAGGGUGGGGAGGGACCACCGGGAUCAGAGAGGAUGAUGAGACUCCAAGAGAUCCCGACACUGGCACCUUCUGUUAUUGACGUGGCCAGGGAGACAGCCCAUAGCACAACUUCUAGAAGUGAUAGCUUUCUAGAAGCCACUCGCCGACUGUCUGGGGGGACCAGGGAAACCAGGCAGGUUUUGGUAGCCACGGCUGGUGACUGGUAUCCUCUGUGUCAACAACUCUUUUGCCAUAACCCCCAAACUGAUCUACCAGGGAGCAUUUCAGUAUUCACAGAGCUUCAGCAGAAUUUAACUUCAAUGGUUCAACUAGCAGCUAAAAGUUGCGGCAAGGAUCUGGAUAAGAAGGAUCCUGACUCCUUGGGACAUCCAGAAGUGCUAUUACAAAUCGGGGACAGAUUGGAGGAGGCAGAGAUCCAUGCCAAACGGCUGUUGGACAUGGUUCUGGCCUCUGAUGGUCUCCAAGCUCCUGCAUCUUGGGAAGAGAACAUUGAGAAUGGAUGCCUUCUGUGGUCAGUGGCUGUCCAAGACCUGAUCCAGAACAUGGAGAGGCUCAGCGGGAGACAAGGCCUGUUUCUACUGCCCCUGCAACAGGCUGUAAAGGAUCAUCAGGGAUUGAAGGAAGGGUUGGAUCAGGUAGCAGAUGUUUCUCAAAGGCUGCAGGAGGCUGCCAGUCUGUCCGGCCUUCUGUGUGGGGAUGAGCAGGUAAAGGGUGAGAUCUCCUUUCUGUGCAGGGAGGUUCAUGUACUCAGAGACGCUCUGCUGGAUGUGGCACAGAUCCUAGGCUCCUCCCCCAAACCAUCUCCCAGCCUGUCCACACGCUUUCAGCUUCUCUGCCUGGAGCUCACCCUCCGAGCCAAGACCCUGACUGGCCACCUCAGUGGCAUCAAUGCAGAGUAAGAAUGUGCCUUUCAAGAUGCUAUUUGUCCACAGUUCUCUGUCUGCAAGAACUCCCAGACCAGGACAGAAAGGUCCCUAGAAAGAAUGGUAUCUGGUAUCCAAGCUGUACAGGGAAUUGUAGUGAGACGUCAAGAGUCUGGGCCUUGCCCAGAAGACCUUCUUAUAGCUCUGGAGAGCAUUCUCAUCCUCACCAAGGAGGUGAACCAGAGGGUUUCUGUGCUCCAAGAAGGUCCAGAGGAGUGGGACAUGCAUGUGUUGGAGUGGCUUCGGUGGGAGUGGGCAGCCAGGGCCCACCAUGUGGUGGCCCAGCUCCAGGCCUGGAAAGGUGGUCAUACCAAGGCCUGGAAUCUCCUGGACCAGUGCUUAAAACUCAGGGAGGAGCCAGCAAGGGCCCCAGAACAGGACUCCAUCCAGCCCCAGCUCCACUGUGAGGAGGGUGCUGCGGGAGGCAAGGUGGAUGCUCAGGGUUCUGCCCCCAGGGCCACCCUUGGGAGUUCAAUGGGAACCUGCACGGCUGAGCCAGCUGUCGCUGGGACCCCCCCAGCAAGCACGGGCAUGGGUUUGGACAGAGCUGGUGCCGCUGGGUUCACUGACAGGCCCCUUGAUGGACUCUCCUCCAUCAGAGCCUCUCCGUGGAGCAUCCCCCAAGGCUCAGGGCAGGUGGAUGCAGCUGCCCAGCAGCAGGACGCCUCCCCCGACUCCCCCAGCCGUGCAGCCAGAUCUCACGCUGAGCUGGACCAGCCUCCCCAGGAGGACCAGGACGGCAGCACAGGCAGCACAGGCCACGAGAGCAGAAAUGCCCAGAUCACUCGGGAGAUGACGGAGCAGGUGUCCCUGAUGGCUCAGAGCCUGAGGAGGAGCGGGCACGUCCUGACCAAAGAUCAGCUUAUCACCUCUGCUAAGAAAAUUGCAACUUCUGGACAAAACUUCACCAGACUUAUUCUUAUCAUUGCUAAGAACUGCAUAGAUCAGAGAUGUUCCCAGGAGCUUCGCUGUGCGGCAGAGCAAAUUCAAACCAUGAGCAGUCAGCUCCGCAUCAUCUCCAGUGUAAAGGCCUCCUUGGCAAGAAGCAGGUCCUCUGAGGAGCUGCUGGUGGACAAUGCCCAGUGGCUCCUCCAGGCUGUCUUCAAGACCGUGAAGGCUGCAGAAGCUGCAAGUCUCAGGGGCUUGAGACAGCCUUUCCUGGAUCUGGAAGAACGGGAAGUUGCUGCCUUCUGUAUACAGCAGAGGAAGGAAAUACUAAGUCACAGACCUCAAGAAACCGCAAACAUAGACUGUGAAGAGCUGAGUCUGCAAAAGGCAGGCACCAAAGUCCCCCCACUUGCAGCCUUGGUUCAAGAAGCCUUAUAAAAAGCUACGACAUUGUCUCCAAGGCAGACUUGGUUGCCCUGCACUUUCCAGACCCUGGGGUCCUCCAGGGAGUGCCCUUUAGGCUGAAUCAGAGUGACACCGAGUGUAGGGUGGCCAGGGCCUGUGCCUUCACAGAGCUGCCUUGACAACAUUCCGGGUGCUGCAGAUGCCUCUGGCCCUGAUGACUGCUUUCCUCCUGGAAGGAUGCUUCCGUUUCUGGGCUUAGAAGGAAUGUGUCAAGUAAACCGUGGAGAGGGGAGAACGUUCCAAGCACCGUCAGCUUGAGCCUUUCUGAAGAUAUUGCAAUGUGAGAACAGUCCCAGAAGAUUCUGCAGGGAGCCAGGAACUGUCACCUUGGGGAGGUCAGAGUUCAUCUUGCUCAGAUAUGUAGGAACUGUUCAAAUUCCGAAGAGGUGGAAAGAGGUCGUGCUGAUUAAGGGGUGGGAUGCUUCACCAGAAGCUGGAGCCGCCAGACUGUUAGCUGGUGAGUCUGGGAUGGAGAGGAGCUAAUCCUGGCCAGGGUUGGUAGGAAUAUUUCAGUUCAUGGCAUCUUGCACAGAAACUAUAAGGAAAUGGGGGUUGAGCAGACUGGCAACUGUCCCCUCAGAGGCUGAACCACCAGGGCCAGGAACAGAGGGCUGAAUCUAAGCCCAGGGACAGGAAGGAGGGAGCAGAGAUCUUGCUUGCUUGAGGGGAACCAGGUAAGCCUCCUGGAUGGGGCAGUUAUCGAGAAAUUUAAUUAUCCUGGUCAACAUUAGAUGAUUGAGUUUGCCAUCAUCCAGUGGAAGAGCAGUUUGAAUUUAUAGUAAAGACAAGAAUUUUUUCACAUUUUUAUAACAAGUUGGCAGUGGAAACUCAUUGUGGUGUUAAUUUGCUUUUUCCUAAUUAAUGGUGUUGCACUUCGCAUAUUUAUUUUCUUUGACAAAGUAUCUUUUAAAAUCUAUUGCCUCCAUUCCUUUUUUCCCCCUUGUUGAAUUUUGCGAAGUUUCUUUGACAGAUUAUGUAAUUGCAAAUGUUUUCUUCCAGUCCAUAGCUUUUUCAUUCAUUUAAAAUGCUUUUAAUUUUCUCACUGGAUCCCUGUUUUCUGUUUCAUCAAACCCUUCUCUUGCC